AAUUCAUUGGAGGGUGAAGUCUGAAGGAGGUAGAGGAGCUGAAACAGCUCGGUCCUUCACGAACUCGACUUUAUCAAAACAAGAUGAAAACGUUGUUUUUGUUGCUUCUCUUCUGUCACGUUUCAUCAUCAGUGAAACACUCCCUGAAGUAUUUUGUAAGUGGAUCUUCUGGAGUCCCAAACUUCCCAGAGUUUGUGGCAGCUGCAGUGGUUGAUGGACAUCUGGCUGCUUACUGCGACAGCAACAGGAAGAUACUUGAACCAAAACAGGAGUGGGUGAAAACUUUAUUAGAAAACGAACCUCAACACUUGGAGAUAUGCAAUGCAGCGUGUUUUGAGAUUUUGCCAAACUUCUUCAAAGCCAGGAUGGACCGUUUUAAGCAGCGCUUCAACCAAAGUGGAGGUGUCCAUGUUUUCCAGAGGAUGAAUGGCUGUGAGUGGGAUGAUGAGACUGGAGAGAUUCAAGGUUUUAAUCAGUACGGUUAUGAUGGAGAAGACUUCAUGUCAUUCGAUCUGAAGACGUUGACGUGGAUCGCUCCGAAACCACAGGCCGUCAGCACCAAACUGAUGUGGGAUGCUGAGAAAGCUAGAAUAGAAUCUCAUGAGAAGCACCUCACUGAGAUUUACCCUGAGUGGCUGAAGAUGUAUUUGGCCUAUGGGAAGAGCUCUCUGCAGAGAACAGAGCUCCCCUCAGUGUCUCUCCUCCAGAAGACUCCCUCCUCUCCAGUCAGCUGCCACGCUUCAGGUUUCUACCCUGACAGAGCCUCACUCAUCUGGAGGAAAGAUGGAGAGGAGCUUCACGAGGGCGUGGACCUCGGAGAGAUCCUCCCCAACCACGAUGGAACCUUCCAGAUGAGCGCUGACCUGAAACCUUCAGCGUCUGAAGACUGGGGGAAGUACGAAUGUGUGUUUCAUCUCUCUGGUGUGAAGGACGACGUCGUCACCAGACUGGACAAAGCAGCGAUCAGGACCAACUGGGAAAAGCCCGGUGACGUCCUCAUCACUGCUGCAGUGGUUGUUCCUUCUCUCAUCCUCAUCGUCGCUGUUGUUGGAUUCAUCAUAUACAAAAAGAAAAAAGUCAAACCACGUCCAUCUCCUGUGCAGACAGCACUGAGCUCUCUGAGAGCCUGAAUCCAGAGACCUGAAUGACAAACACACUGGAGGAGUCACGUCAUGUGUAUCAUUUGUCAGUGUUAAAUGUUUUUGUU